AUGCGCAGAAUAUUUGCGUCAGAAGAGGAUCUGAAAAGGUCAAUUUCGUCUUUACACACAUUACAAAAUGGCCACUUUGAAAAAUAUGUAGAUCGACUGGAGGGUAUCCUUCCGGACCUAUUAAAAUGGGACCGAUUGGACAAUCUAGCAGACGAUUUAGGGAUGGAUCGUGUUUUAUGUCAUGGAGACUUCUACCCUAUGAACACCCUUUGGAAAAAGGACGAUGAAGGGUUUAACUUGGCUGCUGUGAUAGAUUAUCAGCUUGCGCAUUUCGGAUGUUCUGCAACCGACCUUGCUCUCAUUCUCAUCACAUUCCUCAGCGGAGAGGACAGGCGAGCACACUGGGAAGAACUUCUGGAAGAUUUCUAUGGCUAUCUGAAAGAAGAAGUAGGCAACAGAAAAAUGCCCUACACGUUGGAGAAGGUAAUGUGA